AUGACGCUGCCUGAACAAGCAAUUUUGAUUCGGCAGCCAUGGGUGGACCGAAUUUUGGAACCCAAUGAAUGUUUUCGGAAGACUUGGGAGAUAAGGUCGUUUGCCACGCAAAAACGUGGCAAAUUUGCAGUCGCAGUCGUUGGGGAGAAACACAUUCUCGGUGAAGUUGAGCUCACAGACUGCUUUCAAGUCGCCGAAAAAGUUGAUGGCUGUUGGUGUCCGGUGUCAGAUGAGGCUCCCUUCCUCUUUGAUCCUGACAAUGCAAUAAAAUGUGGCUUCGACAUGGAAACAAUGCCAGAUUACUUUGCAAGCAAAAGCAAAUUGUUUGCAUGGGUGCUGCGCAAUGCUCGCCGGUAUGACCAGCCUAUCAAAUGGUCAAAGAAAGAUGGUGCUGUGGUUUUUGCCAAUGUUGAGUCUGACAAGAGCAAGAAAGACAAGAAGACCGACAAGAAGCACAAGAAAGAUAAAACCAAGUCGGUGAAAAAGAAUGAGAAGCCAUGA